AUGUCGAGAUUCUAUAUCCCAAAUAAUCUCUCAACGAUUUAUGAAGCGAGUGAAAACAGCCAUUCAAAUACCUCAACUCUACUAACUGGCACAUUCAUUUUGAACAGCGUCGAAAUACAUGUGAGCAAUCCAAUCAUCCAAGAAGACAGUCCUUUUUCAAGGCAUGUCUUAUAUUUGGUUCAUGGAGAAGACUCAUCAGGACCUUUUGAGGUUCAUCGAAGAUAUAGCGAUUUUCAAACUCUUCGAACUCAGCUGCAGUUGAGAUGGCCUGGAUGCUUCAUACCUCCAACACCUCCAAAAAAAUACCUUGGAAAUUUUUCUGCAACUUUUAUUGAGAGUCGAAGAUCUUUCCUUGAAAUGUUUGUGGGAGAAAUUUCAAAAAUCAAUUUCCUUUAUACGUGUGAAGAUUUCCAAAAUUUUAUAAGAGGAAAAGGUGACUAUGAAAAGAGCAUAUACAAUCAAAAACCAUCCAUAAGUGAUUUAGCAAUUGUCUAUCAAAGUAUUUUUAGUGAAUUUGUUGAUAUUGGGAUCAAUGAUGAGAUGCUGGUCAAGAUGCAGGAACAUGAAAACUUUUUGAAAGCAAAUUUGAGUAAUUUGAACGCUUUUAAAAAAAAUGCGAAAAAUAUUUAUUUACAUGCUGAUAGCUUGAAUAUGCAAUGGAUGAAUUUAAACGAGAAAAUCAAAGAAAUUGAAGGAGAGUAUAUUAAGAAAAUGAAGGAAAAUCAAGAAAAUCAAAAAAUUAAGCCUAUAGAAAGGCAUAAUCCUUUCAGAGAAUUGUAUGAGUGAGCAAAGCUGGAAGUCAUGAACGUAAAUGCUAUGAUUGAGACAAUACAAACCAAGCAUGAAUACAAUGCGCUCAGGCAUGUGAAACAAAAAGAAUUUAAAAAGGCUACAAAAAAUAUAGUGAAAACCGAUGAGCCAAUUUCUGGAACUGAAUAUGUCCAAAAAUUCGUAAACAAGCUUACUAACUCUCCCCCCCCCCCCCCUCCGUGAGCGAACAAAAAAAUUUUGUUCGCUCACGGAGGGGGGUUAAUUUUUUUUUUUUAAAAAAAAUUUAUAUAUAAAUUUUUAUAAAAAAUAUUUUUUUCGAAAUUUAAAAAAAAUCCUAAUUUGCAAAAAUUGGGAAGCAAAUAUUAAUAUUUAAUUUGCAAAAUUUAUGUUUUAAAACGCAAUUUGUUUAAAAUUAAACAGAAUUAGCUCUAGAUUUCAUUAUACUAAUUAUCACUUAUAUAUCAAAAUUUUUUUCCAUUAAAUUUUUUCUAUUAAAAAAAAUUUUUGUUCACUCACGGAGGGUGGGUUUUUGGUCAAAAAAUGGCGAUUUUUCUAAUGGUUUUGUUCGCUCACGGAGGGGGGGGGGGGAGUAAGAGAUCUGAAGGUAAAAUCAGCAUAUUGGGUAAAGAAAUUGAUGAUUUAGAGUUAAUAUUACAUAUCAUUACUGUGCGGCUUUGCGAAGAAGAAAUUCCAAAUUUUAAGGCUGCGAGAACUAAAGAGUUUGAAAGAAUGGUUGAAAAGUACUCAAAAAUUAUUAAUGAAGGAUUUAAUAAUAUUUCUGGUAAAGAUUCCCCUCUCCUAAUGAAAUUUGAAGAAGAGCUUACCUUUAGCAAUGCUCAUUAG